CCCAUUGUGUCCAACACAGACGGUUCAAACACUCAGAGAGGAAGAGUCAAACAUUCAGCCUGAGAGAAAAAGACGAGAAACAUAAAGGUUUUAUUUCACCACCAUGGCCCUGCGGGACGAACUGUUAAAGUCCAUAUGGCACGCGUUUACUGCGCUGGAUGUGGAUAAAAGCGGGAAAGUCUCCAAAUCUCAGCUGAAGGUGCUGUCCCAUAACUUAUGUACAGUGAUGAAGAUCCCACAUGACCCUGUCGCACUGGAGGAGCACUUCAAAGACGACGACGAGGGUCCUGUCUCCAACCAGGGAUACAUGCCAUACCUGAACAAGUUCAUCCUGGAUAAGGUGACUGAUAACUUCGACCGCCAGGACUUCAACAAAAUGUGCUGGACUCUGUGCUCCAGAAAAAACCUGGAACAAAGUCAGCUGCUCAUCUCCAAUGAUGACGCCUUCAAGAUCUGGUGCAUCUUCAACUUCCUGUCGGAGGACAGAUACCCACUGAUCAUCGUCACUGAGGAGAUUGAGUACUUCCUGCGUAAGCUGACAGAGGCGAUGGGGGGCAGCUGGGUGGAGGAGCGCUUUGAGGACUACAAGCUGCAGCUGGACUCGAGGCAGCAGUGUCUUAACGCCUGGGAGCUCAUCAGCCUGGUGGGGUCGGGUCACUUCAGCAAAGGCAUGGACCGGCAGACGCUCUCCAUGGGCAUCAACGAGGUGUAUCAGGAGCUCAUCCUGGAUGUGCUCAAACAGGGCUACAUGAUGAAGAAAGGUCACAAGAGGAAGAACUGGACGGAGCGUUGGUUCAUGCUGAAACCAAACUCCAUCGCCUACUAUGUUGGCGAGGACCUGGCGGAAAAUAAGGGAAAUAUUUUACUGGAUGGAAACUGCAGCGUGGAGCCUUUACAAGACAAAGAGGGAAAGAAGUGCCUCUUCCUCAUCAAGUCGUCACAAAAAAGCUUUGAAAUCAGCGCAUCGGACAAGAAGAAGAAGCAGGAGUGGAUCCAGGCCAUUCAGACCUGCGUGACUCUGCUGCGUCAGGGCCGGCCGGCGCCGCACCGUGAGGCCCGGCAGAAGCGACGUGAGCUGCGGAUGAAGCAGCAGGCGGAGCAGGAGGAGCUGGAGCUGAGGAUGAGAGAGCUGCAGACGGCCAACGAGGCCAAACAGCAGGAGCUGGAGAACAUGAGGAAGGCUCUGGAGGAGUCAGCAGCUAAUGCAGCAGAAGAAGAAAGAAGGCGUCUUCAGACCCAGACUGAACUCCAGGACCGGUACAGGAUGGACCUGGAGAGAGAGAAAAUGGUACGGCAGCAGAUGGAGGAGCAGGUGGCCCAGAAGUCCACCGAGCUGGAGCAGUACCUGCAGCGUGUCCGUGAGCUGGAGGUCAUGUACCGUCAACUGGAGGACGCUCUGGAGGAUGAGAGGCGCGCCAGACAGGACGAGGAGGCCGUCCGUCGGCUGCAGGCACGGUUACUGGAGGAGGAGGCCACGAAGAGGGCAGAGCUGGAGCAGAUCCAUCUGCGGCAGCAGCGGGCCAUCUCGGAGACGGAGGCUGAGAAACAGGAGCUGGAGAAGGAACGCCUGGCCAAAGAGAGCGCCCUGCAGGCUGCGAUGAAACAACUGGAACAUCUGGAGCAAGAGAGGCAGGGGGCCCUGGAGCAGUACCAGACGGUGAUGAGGAAGCUGGAAGACGCAACCAACAACACAAAGACCUGGAAGCACAAGGUGGCUGAACACGAAGGCUUGUUACGGCUCAUUCAACCAGGUUCCAAGGGACAGCGGCUGAUCACCAACUGGGGCCCGGCAGCCUUUUCUGAGGCGGAGCUCAGUCUGAGGGAGAAGAAAUGGCAAGAGAUGAAGAACCAGCCAACCCAGGCUCAGUAGAGCUGCUGUAAGACCUGAACCUUUAAAACAUGUCUACAACUCAGAGGAGGAUAGAGGGGUGCUGGGAUAUACUGUAACAUAUCUAAGUAGCGACUCGAAGGAGGGUCUCUGGAUUUUCAGUGGAAUCCAAAUGUAAGGGGGCAUUAAGUGAACAAGUCUCUGUCAUCGUAGGCCACCAUAGAUUAAAGGAGCAGUCACAUUUUCAAAAUAUAAAGAUGAAGUUCUCUUAUUUUAGCAGGGAUCCAAUAAUAAAUACUAAACGAGGAAGUGAUAAUGUGAGGAAAAGUGCUGGAGCGAAAGCUUUGCGGUUACGUUUUUUUUAAGUUUCAAGUCCAGUGGGGAAGAAGUUCUGUUUCCAAAACAGUGUACAGGAUUUAAAGAGUUGUAAAGGCAGGAGAGUUCACAUGGGUAAAUACUGAUGUUUAACCCCAACAACCACCAUAGAGACAGUAUAUUACAGUAAUUCUGGGCUGCAGGGCAGGAAAAUAACUUUAAAUAAUGCCAUAGCCCUUUUGAUUUGUCGGUAGUUUAGCGUUUAUCCUCUUAAAGGACCAAUGGCGAAGCUACCAGUCUCUUAAUACAAAGCUGUAACUGGUUAGAACUUCAGUCUAUUAACAGAGGACAGUUGCUAACAGUAUACAGGCUAUAAACACAGUAUCAUAUGUUGGUUUUUUAUCUUUAUCUAUGAAAUGCACUACGUCUGACCCUUCUGCAGUGUUUUAGGUUCAAUCUGCUGUAAAGUUAAGAGCUGGUCAGAACUUUGAAUCCUUGUGUAAAAUCUUUGCAAGGAGCUACCGAAAUUACUACAAACCACUCUGUUUCCUGUGACUACGAUCUCCUUAACUCAUUGGGUAUAAGGGAUUUUUGUAAAUAUUUUAACGGCAGUUCUGUUUUUUUUCUCUUUCUUACUAAAGUUAAGCUGCACAAAGGCGGCUAAUGUAAAGUCAAUGAUGUUUAAUAAACUGCUAACAAAGCUGUCUUCUAAGAAAAUAAAACAUCCUGAAUUGAAAUAUCACGUACGAUUCACUAAAUUGUUUAUUGAGCUUUUCUCUGUCUGACUAACUGGCUCUUAAACAUUUCCUGCUUGUAAACACUGUGUCAGAAAAUAGGGCAUUUUGAACAAGAAUGCUAACCGCUGAACGUUUGUACUGUGUUGUACUGUAACCUCCAGUGCCCUUGAUACUGUCGUGAGUGAACAUUGUGAUUUCUAUUUUGUGUUUUUUUAUAUAUAUAUGUAAAAAGCUGAAGACUGAACUAUGUAAUAAAACAUAUCCUGAAUAA